UGCAUAUAUGUAUGUAGUCAUCUGAAUAAAUAUAUAUAUACAUUCCUUUGUGUACAUGUAUAACAGGAAAAAGAAACGACGAAACCUCCUGUCAUAUUCUUUACAAAGAAAGCCAUUGUUCGAAGUACAUCCGUAAAUCGUUUGUAAAAUAAUUAACUUAAAACGAUUUGAAAUGGCUAGUACGCAGUUAACACCACGACCUAGAAUGACGAAAAAACACGAAAAGCCUCGGCCCCUGAAACUUAAUCUUCGACACUCAAGUAUUGAUGAGAGAAUAGCUACAGUUGAAGACUUGGUAUCUCUCAUUGAUAACGUAGCUUCGAAUUUAUCGAAUGGUUUUCAUGAUCCAACGCUUCAGCAGAACAUUAUUACAAUGUGCAACACAUUGAAACAGUGUGCUCAUCAAUUUGAACCAGUCUACAAAGAUCAAUUGGACAGAGCUUUUGUAGCGAUUCGUAAUGGAAGCCAAGACGAGAGACUCGAUCUGACGACAAGAAUUCAUCUGCUGGAACUUAUUGAGCUAAGAGCCAAGCAGUGGCGUUACAACGACUCUAUGGAUGCUUAUUAUACAUCUAAAUUGGCUGAUUUGAAUGAACCGGAUGUCAUUGGUGUUGAUGCAAUGGCUAAUCAAGUAGGAACACUUAAUUUGACAUCACCCCAAACGCCUCCGGUGCUGGGUGUCGGCGAAGUUAUUAAAAAUAGCGGGAAAUUUGCAAAGCCAACACGAAUUCCUGGGAAAAAUUAUUGUAAAGAUGAAGUUGUCAUCCGCAAUAGUGAUUCCGGAAAAGUGAUGGGAAUAAAGGGAAGACGUGUGCACAUGAUAGAGGAGCUCAGCGAGACGAUCAUCUCCUUUCAGCGAGUUAAUCCUGGAGCUAGAGAACGACUGGUCCAAAUAACUGGGACUUCAGAAGAAAAAAUUCAUUACGCGAAAGAUUUAAUAAAAGAAACCAUUCAACGAAAUGCUUCACCAGUACGAAUGGGACCAGCUAGAGUGGACAAGAGCGGCAUCGGAGGUUCGAGCUCAUCACUUAACAGCAGUGCGUCGGACGAGAGUAAUCGUCUUCCUCAGCAAUACCAGCAGUCGCAAAUCCGUUCAUCCACGUUGCUCCACAGCUUGUCAACCAACGACGCGAGCAUCGGCGAGUACAAGCACACCGUCAACGUCGGCAAUCACUCAUUAAAAAUAACCGGAAGCAAUUUGAAUCUCGUGAGAUCUGCCAAAAUAAUUCUCGACGAGCACUUUUCUAAAUGGUCUGGUGACAGUGGUAUCGAGUGCUUUGAUUUUACUGAUGACUUUCCUUCAUCGUUUCCCAACACUCCUGUUAUUAAUCAGCAAAUUAAGUUACCUGACAAUAAUGCAAAUGUCAAUGCUGCUGUGAAUCUCAAGAGGGAAACAAGUUUGGAGAGCAACGCGACUUCCGAAAGUGAAGAAACUUUUAAGUCUACUAAACAAACGAUCAAAGAAGAAAUAAAUAAUCGACGAAACGAUAAUCGAGAAAUGUCCUAUGAAUUAUUAUUGCUUUGCGCAAAAGGUCCUUACGCCAAAAGACCACCGGCGAAUUGGAUCCGCAUUAAAGAAGAAUGUCCAAAUAUUAUUCGUAAGUCACCGAUUCGCUGGUUCGAACCGGACACUUACAAAGCUAAAGUCGCAGCUGCUGGUAUGAGAACUGUGUUGUCUUCCGGCGAUAUUGAUAAUGAUAUUGAAUGAUAAAAAGAGAAGAUUAACUAUUUAUUGACAUAAAUAUACCAAUUACUGACUCUUUAAUUAAUUACACACUAGUUAUUAUUUGUUUCUGAUAAUUUAUUACUCGCUUUAUUCUUAAUUGCUUGGAUUACUUUUUUUUAACAGUCAAAGAGUCACUAACUGGGACAUUUUACAUAUUUAACUUCUUUUUUUAUCUUAUUUAAUCUUCAUUAGCACACCAAUGAUUACUAUACUUUUAUUUUAAAAUAUAAAACAUAAUUUUAUUACGAAUUGUACUCAAGUCAUUUUACAAACAUAUUUGUUGCUAAUUAUUUACACUGAUUUAUUAUUUUAUUAAUAUUUAUUUAUUUAUUUUAUUUUUCAAAUAGUCUAGUCUAAACUAAAAAGACUUUAAAAGUUUAAAAAAUUUUAUUAAUCACUAGUCGUUUAUAGAA